AUGGCUGCCGCGGCGAGUGCCACAGAGAGUCGGCCAUGGGUCGAGCGCUAUCGUCCCAAAACCAUUGAUGAAGUGGCAUCGCAGCAACAUGCUGUAAAUGUGCUGCGCAAGGCUUUGUCCUCUGCCAAUCUCCCGCAUAUGCUCUUCUAUGGCCCCCCCGGCACAGGCAAGACAUCUACUAUUCUCGCGUUGGCACGACAGUUGUAUGGACCUGAACUCAUGAAAUCGCGUGUCUUGGAGCUCAACGCCUCGGACGAGCGUGGUAUCGCUGUGGUGCGAGAGAAAAUCAAAACGUUUGCCAAGGCUGCGGUAUCUGCGCCAAGCCCGGAUUAUCCUUCUCCGCCGUACAAGAUUGUCAUCCUGGAUGAGGCGGAUAGUAUGACGCAGGAUGCGCAAGGUGCGCUCCGACGUAUCAUGGAACAGCAAAGCCGCAUCACCCGGUUCUGUCUGAUUUGCAACUAUGUGACACGCAUCAUUGAGCCGCUUGCAUCACGAUGCAGUAAAUUCCGGUUCCGUCCUUUGGAUCUGGGCAGUACCGAGGCGCGGUUGCACUACAUUGCACAGGCCGAAGGUCUCCAGCUUAAUCCAGACAUGAUACCUGCUUUGAUUCGCGCAUCGGACGGAGAUAUGCGUCGAUCCAUCACGUACUUGCAAUCGGUGGCUCGCUUAGCCUCGGCUCGCGGUGGCGACGUUCGCGCUAUGCCGGCAGACACUGUAAGCGAAUUGGCUGGCGUUGUGCCUGCCUCUGUGAUUGAAUCUCUUGCCGACAGCAUCGGUAUUGAAAAGGUGUCCAUGUCAGACGAAGACGAUACCAAGGGGCCCAUGUCUACGUCCGACUUUGAUACCAUUGCUGCGGCUGUGCAUAGCAUCGAACGCGAAGGGUAUUCGUGCAUGCAAAUUGUCCUCCAGUUGCAUGACUACAUUGUUCUACAUCCGCUCCUGAAUGCGCGUCAGAAGGCCAAAUGUGCUCUGCACCUCGGUGCUACGGACAAGGCACUGAUGGACGGCGGCCUAGAGUCGUUGCAGCUCUUGUCGCUUUUAUACGAGCUGUUCUGCGUGGCCAUUGCGUCUGCGGAAUCGGCGCCUCUUCGUGACUUGGUCCAGUCCACCUCGAAGCUCGUUGUAGGCAACGGUGGUGUUGUACGCAAUGUGCAAUACUGGGGUAAGCGUACGUUGCCACAACGGGCACGGCGUCAUCAGCAGUACCAUUCGGUGGGAGAGUAUGUAUUUGCCAUUUUAACAUGCAGCUACUGGCUUAUGCAGUUCGAUACCAAUGCGCCUACCCUCAAGGUGCUGAACGAUCGCCUCCGUAUGGACCCACGUGUGAUCAAGUGGAAUACGCUCAAGCUGGGCGAGAAGCUGCAUGAGAUUGUGCCGCCUGCUGCGUCGGGUGGUGCCACGCCUUCGCAAGCGACGAUGGGUGGCCGCUCGAUCGAUUACUUGGGGUAG